UGUAUGCUGAUUUAAUAAAUUCAUCUGAACAUUUUGGUAUUCACAAAGAUGGAACAUCGAGAAAAAAAAAAGAUUUUGGGAAACUCACUUACACUGUCAAAUUCAGAUGUGCUGCCCCUUGGCUUUCGACAUGUUGCCACUGAAACUGCUCAAAUUAUAACAAGCACCACUCAAACAGAAUUAUCGGAAGUUGCAUCAUGUGGACAGACUGUUGUGACAGAUAUUGUAAGAAAGCUCUCUUAUGUUAUGUCUGACAGGGCAGCCAAUGAAAAGUUGUCUAAUCACCAAAUUACAGAGUGGAAAGAUGACUUGUUAAAAGAGUAUGAUGGUGAGGAAGACAGGAGUACAAUCUACUCAUUUUAUUGUAUGGUUCAUGUUCUUCUGGGCUACCAUUCCUAUGCAGUGAAACAUCUAAACCGUAUUCAGAAAGAAUUAGAAGAUAAGGGAAUUAAACUUGGAAGAGACCAGACAGUUUUAUACAGACGAGAAAUCGCAGGAGUGCGGACUGUUCGAUUUAUUUCUGAUUUAUUGGGGCCUGUUCCUGAUGAGAAGAAUGAUUUAAGAGAACGAUGGUUAGCAUACUGUAGAAUCCACAACAUCAAGUCUUUAAUUGGAAGUUAUAAAGACAACAGAUUUAAUUGUCUCUUUGAAACAUCUGCCCAAGUGCUAUUCCACAGGAAAGACAUACUUAACUUCUUUAGUGAUCUUCAAACUACAAACUUGAAGGUAAAGUCGGCAAAUCUCGAUCUGUUGGAUGGUAAAAUAGUUGCUAUAAUAACUUCGUUGGCUUCAGUUUAUUUCAAGAUCAGUGGUCCAUACUGGGAUGCUAUGACUAGUGGACACUGCAACUACCUCUCAUUACAUGAGUAUGUUCAACCAAUGUACCAGAAAAUAAUGUUAUGGGUGAAAGAUCCACUGAGCAUCUUGAAUGUAAAUGAUGAUCCUUUGUUUGAAGAUUUUCCUGACAAAAGUCUGUCAUGUUCCUGACAUCAAUGCAACAGCCAUCCGAAAUAGAAUUUUUCCUUAAGUGUACAAGUGGUAUUUGUGAAGGUAUGCUUGAAUGUUGCAACAACCAGCUUUCAGAUUUUCUAUCUGGUGGUAUGAGUAGACCUGUCGAGAAGAAAAAGGAACAGUUAGUAUCGGGAGCACCGCUGCAUAAUUUGAUUUGUGAAAGGCACUUUGGAAUGCUGGAUGCCAGCCAAUCAAGACGCAGAAAUGCAACUUUCCACUACCACACAAGUUUAUUACUGCUUAAAUCAAACAGUAAGCGUCUGAGUGACUGGCUAGAUAAGAAGACUGCUGAUGAAAGAAGGGCGCUCUUCAGAGAAGCAAGAUGCGAGGGUUUGAAGCUUUGUAAAACUCAUAAAAAAGUUGAAACUACUACAAACACAGAGAUGGAACAAAAUCUUAUUAAAGAAGCUGCGAAACAGAAACGAAAAAGGCCAACAAUUUCAAAAGACUGCAAGAAGCCAUUUGAAAAUGAUGAUGAUGAAAGUGACAACUAUGAAAAAGAUGAAUACAGCAGGGGCGUGCUGGCCCCGAUGGGGCCCGUCGGUCGCCGAAGGCGCGCCGCUGAUAGGGGGGUCUGGGUGGGUUCUCCCCCCGGACAAUUUUUGAAAUUUGACAACGGGAAACGCGUUUUGCAAGCACUUCUGGGAGAAAUCUAGGUAUCAUAUUUUCCAAAUUUAUGCUGCUAUUUUGACGAUAAGACAUACUACUGUACUACACAAGACACUCAUGACAGGUCUGCUUAAUAUAAUGCUAAUACAAUUUAUUUCUAUCCAAAUAAUAAAUUUCAUCUUAUACAUAUGGAGGCAUGAAAACAUGUAUCAAAGACCAUUUCACCUUAAGGUGACAGACAUUUGCACGUCAGCAUAUGUUUUACUAAUCGUUGUGUAUGUAUGAUUUUUCGCGUGCGAACUCU